ACCUCUUAUCCGCUUCAGCUCUCGAAUGGGUAGCGCACAUAGAAUACAGCUAGACGGUGGAGUGCGAUACGUCUCGCCGGCCGCCGCGCAUCUCUUCGCGGCGAGAGCAGCUUCCGGAGGGGUCCCUAAUCUGUCGUCAAGCGAGGCUGACUGGAGGUAUUUCCAGCAUCAGCAGCAGCAGCAGCAGCAGCAGGGGUUUGGGCAAGACGAGGGCUACCAGGCGUCAGACGGCGGAGAGUCCAGACAACAGCAGCAGGACAUAGAAGUAGAGAGACUCUGCCCACCGUCACCGGUGGCGAGCGUCGAAGGCGUGACUUCUCCUCAGGCGUACCUGGAGGCGAUCCUGCUCGAAAGGACCGCACAAUCUUUGGCGCACGCUGAUCGGGUCCCACGCAAGUCCUCUCCGUCUCACCCGAAUUUGCCACGCCGGCUCGCCUUUCAGCAAAGCACGAUAUAAUUUUCUCUUGCCAGCUUGCCUGCACUAUUAAUAGAGUAUACAAUAGGAUCGGAAAGCACCACUUUUCAAUCAACUCGGCAGGAACGUUGUCAAGGUACAGCAGCAGUGCGAUGUGUUACCUAUACAUAGAGAGCAGAUUUUUUUGUGGCACACCACACUACUCGGGGAUCAAUUCCCCCCCAAGCAUUUCUGUCGCUAACGCCGAGAGAGAUGUUGCAUGCCGACAUUUUGUUCCUUUCAAAUGAUUCCGCCUUCUGGCAUCACGGCUUUCUUUCUUUCUCGGAGGUUUAUACUACAAAUAAGACACUGACACCACCGGCCGGCCCAGGAGGUCCAGUAUGAUCGAGCAGUUGUCUCUCAGACCCUCGCCGGCCGUGAAGGCUUUAACGCACGCCGGCUGGUUCAGUGUUUUGCAGGAACGUCGAGUUACUGCGAGCACGUUUGUUGCUCUACCAUGUUUGUACUUGUAUGUUUUACCACGCUGCUGUGCAUGUACUUCGAAUUCAACGCAUGCCCCCUUGCCGUAUGAGGAGAAUCAUUGAAAGGUAAAGGUGUGCAUGCCUUUAAAUCUCCUGUGCUGUUCUUUGCCUGUCUGUCUGUGCGUUCUGGUCAGUCGAGAGCGGUGAUGACAUGGCGUGGGGAUCGGAGAGAUCACACAGCAGGGUUGUAUCUUAUUAUGCAACAAGUAUAAGUAUGCUAUGUUUUUUCUUUUAUCCCUUUUGUGGCCCUUGAACGCCCGCUUCUGCCGCAUGACGCAUGAAGUUUCAUCGCACGGCGGGGUGACGGCUCUCUUCCAGGGCACAUUUUUCACAGACAACAACUGGGUACAGACACGUUUGGUCUGUACCCGCUUGCUUUUCUUGAAAUUUACAAGGGAUUCCUCCGGGAGCGUGUGCUCAUGAGAGCACAGCGGUGUCAGCAAUGAUGGAAGUAAAGCGCAGGCAGCAGGACAAACCUACAGAGCAAGCAAGGCAGCUGUUGUGAUGAAUCGAUGAAUCCCAAUCUCACACAGCAGCUGACAUGCUUUGGGUCGAAGAGCCCAACACACCUCAC